CGAAGCACAACGCCGGCGUCGCUGGAUUGAGGUUUCCGAGCAACUCUGCAGCACUGGACUACAGGCUACACAGAUUUAUCAAAGUCAUAGAGAUUAUUUUUUUAUCCCAUUUGUUUUAAUUGCGUUAUCGGGGUAACAGCUUCCAGAGUAAUUUAAAUAAGAAUAACGCAAAUAAAACAUUCGACUUCUUCACAGAGCUUGAAAAAUCCACGGAACAAUGGCUGAUCAGCUGACAGAGGAGCAGAUUGCUGAGUUCAAGGAGGCAUUCUCACUGUUUGACAAGGAUGGGGAUGGGACAAUUACUACCAAGGAGCUUGGCACAGUCAUGCGCUCUCUGGGACAGAACCCUACUGAAGCAGAACUGCAGGACAUGAUCAACGAGGUUGACGCUGACGGUAAUGGGACUAUUGACUUUCCCGAGUUCCUGACUAUGAUGGCCAGAAAAAUGAAAGAUACCGACAGCGAGGAGGAGAUCAGAGAAGCUUUCAGGGUAUUUGACAAGGACGGUAAUGGCUACAUCAGCGCAGCGGAGCUACGGCACGUUAUGACCAACCUGGGCGAGAAACUCACUGAUGAGGAAGUGGACGAGAUGAUCCGUGAAGCUGAUAUUGAUGGCGAUGGCCAAGUCAACUAUGAGGAGUUUGUCCAGAUGAUGACCGCCAAGUGAAGAGAGCGCUGAAAUUUCUCUCAAUGUUGCUCGUCCCAAUAAGAUUACCGUCGUUUAAGAAAUAAAAAGCAGGAACAGUUAUCAAAUGUUGAACAACCACACCCUUCAAAAAAAAAAAAAAAAAAAAAAAAAUAUAUAUAUAUAUAUAUAUAUAUAUAUAUACUCACCUGUAGGAUUUCUCAAUGUGUGCUUCAAAACAUCCAAAUAAUACUUCGGAGGUAUCUGUUUAAAAAAAACGCCGACAGAAUAAUCCCUAAAGAAGUUAAAGGACCAAGCUUUAAGAGGGCCAAAGUCCUCCAACUUCAGACCAAGAAUCUGCUGAGUCACCCAGCUGCUGAUUGAUUUAGAGGAAAGAGCAACGAACUGGUAGAAGGAUAGAAACUAAGGCUAAAAUGUGUACAGAGACGUUGGCUUUUUAAUUAUUUCUAGAUAGUCUACAACAAAGAAAACUGUCUUGCAACUGUGUUAACUCUCUAAAAAAAAAAAAAUGAAUCGAGUACUCUUCUUGCAUGCACCCUUUUCGUGGCCAUCUCUUGUGACAGCAAGGAGGCUCUGAACCCAUCAGCGGUAGUGGUCAGCUUGUGUACACACCGGAGGUAUAUACAUAAACAUAUAGCUAUAUAUCUGUAAAAUUUGUGUCACUAUUGAUUAUUGCAAGAGCAGUUAGUUGAGAUGUAGGGUGUCUAUUUGUGCUCAGCUGGUGGUGAGCGACUUGGCAGAGUUCAGGAACAGAACGAGAACUUGAAAACUGAAGAAGGCCUUUUCCUCGUCGGUUAUAAUGUUGUGCUUUGAGUUGCAGGCUUUACGCGGCCUGCGGCGCAGAUUGGAGACAGUCGCACUUUGUGCUGUUUCGCAACGAUUUAUGUGAAAAAAACCCACUGUAAAAACUGCAGUUAAUGCAUCUGUUCUGCAAACAGAUAUAAAAAUAAAAUAUUGAUGUGAUGCUUUUUAAAUGUGUUCUCAUAUUAAUGUAUUGACAAACUUUGAUUACAAAAUAUAUCUCUAUAUAUAUUAGUGUAACGUAAAGUUUGCAUUGCCUAUUGUUCUAGAAAAAGAUCUGUGACAUGUUUCCUCUUCAGUUUUGAAAUGUGCCAUAAUACUCUUUAAAUACAUCUCAACCUCGCAAGGCUCGUAGUUCAUCAGAAUACUAUAAAUCUACUUAAAAUAAUGUAAACCAUGCAGUUGUACUGUGGGAUCAACCACGUGGAUGUUUUAAAAGAAAAAAGUUCUAAAAGAAGCAAAAACAAACCAAAUGUCACUGUUGCUGCUGCUAAAACAAUGCGUAUGUUUCAUUCAAUUAUUGUAUUUGUGUCCGCUCUUAGAUUUGUAGUCCAGUGAGCAAAGUCUGCUUGUUGUUUUACUGCACUAAAUUCAUAUGUUAUAUAUUCACAAAUACUGUUAUGGGGCUGAUUUAAUUUGGACUGUUUGUUGGGAACCUAUAGAAGGGAUAUGAACAUGUUUUUUUGUAGCAAAGAUGUAGAUGUGCAUUUGGUUUAAGUGUUAGGUUUUCAAACUGGAGGCUUCAGAUGGAUUUGGGGAAGAAAUUGAGCUAGAAUAUCUUAUGAUUUCUGCAAAGGUGAGUCUUAAAUGCAUCUUUGAGGAGUUGUUUUCUGAGACUUGUUUGGAAUAAAAUGUUUAAUGGACAGCUGAAGGUAUCUCACAAAUGUAAAAAUGUGAUAUAUUUUCCAUAAACCAAUAAAUUAAGCUUUACUUCA